AUGGCGAAAGCCCGCAACAUUCCAGCACCAGUAGCAGAGGCACGCUUUCAGCUCAUUUCUGUCGCAUACGACCGACUACGGGAUCCAUCAGGCAGUCGCACCGGCGUCACAGCUUCCCAACGAGAUGACGAAUAUCGACGAGAGGUGGCUCGACGAAGGGCAGCGGCAGCAGCGGCAGCUCGCUAUCAAGGCUUUGGCGUGCGUGAUGGCGGGCAACAGCCGAUGACAAUGAGCGUGGAACCAGACAAGCUAUGGCAGCGUGAUGAAGGGCUAUUAUUCGUAUUUGGCGUCAUGGUAUGCUUUGCCGUGGCGUACCACGUCGCCACGCCGACCCCGGCUAGACUUGUUCGAGAGCAGCACGAUCGUAGCCAACGUCAUCUUUCAGAUGCUCGUGCGCGGGGAAAGGAACACGGAAUGCAGCGUAGAGAAGAAAUCAAAGCGUGGCUCCGUGAGCGAGAGCAACGACAAUCUAGUGGUCUUGGAAGUGCGGUGACCCUCGACGAAGAGGUCGAUGGUGCUCCGACAUCGCACAAAGGCUAUCUCACUCGACAGACUAGAGUAACCGGGGAAGAGGACCUUGAGGGCUCUUUGACUCCUGAAGAGAACUCACCAGAUAUUCCCGGUUUUGGAGACGCAGUAUCUACAUAA